AUGGAGGGGAGCAAUACCGAAGUGAUUUUGGAAAAGGCUUCUAAAACCGCCACUCAUCUCUUACUGACUGGGUGUAUGAAACAAGUUCAAAAUGAUGUGUAUAGUAACAACCAGGCUGUUACAACUGCAAAAGAGACAAGUCAUCAACUUGCAAUAAACCCUGUUUCACCCACCAAAGGCUCUACACAACCUAGUUAUAUGAGCACUAACAUUCAAGUUACUCUGGAAAAUGAAUCUGUUUGGAGCCGGUUUCACAGCUUGGGCACAGAGAUGAUCCUGACAAAGCAAGGUAGGCGUAUGUUCCCUUGCUGCCGCUUUAGACUGAGUGGAUUAGAACCAGCGAGGAAGUACUCACUGAUUAUGGAUAUCAUGCCUGUAAAUGACUUUACAUACAAAUGGAAUGGAAAGACAUGGGAGCCAGUUGCAGUGGGUGAGUCACACGUGCCAGGAAAUGUGUGUGUUCACCCAGAGUCUCCAGCCCACGGACAGCAGUGGAUGGAGAGCCCAGUGUCUUUUUACAAGGUGAAGCUGACUAAUGAGUGCAUAGACCAGGAGGAUUGCCUGCAUUUACGUCCCAUGCACCGCUAUCAACCACGACUUUAUGUAGUUCCAGUGGAUUCAGAAGAGCCAGCGGCACUGGACAGCCCAAAUGUUAAAAUGUUUACCUUCCCUGUAACGGAGUUCUAUGCAGUCACAAGCUACCAGAACCCCCAAAUUACACAACUUAAAAUUGACUGUAAUCCUUUUGCAAUGGCCUUCAGGGAAGACAGCAAAAGCAUUCGACUGGUUCAAAACAAAUUCCGACUCCAUUCUACUGCUGGUACAAACUUAAAGUCUCCUGUUCUGAGUCUGGCUCGAAGUUUAAGCAUGAAAAGAAAAGAUUGUGCAUUAAAGAAUGCAGCCACCUCCUGCAAUGAAGACAACAGCAAAAAGGAUCCAGUGUCAUUGCCUUCUAAAGAGAGAGAAGCACAAACGAGUCACACUGCCUUAAGCUACUCAAAUGACAUUACUGUGUGUAAGGAAACUUUUAAUUGCAGUAAAAAUGAAAUUGUAGUACGUGAAAACCAAACAAACCCUCCACUGGUUGAGCUCGUGACAUCCUCGGACAUUAAACCAAGCGAAAAUAAGUCUUUGCAGGAACCCCUACAAAGCACUGAAGAAGCGGUUCUGCCUCAGAGCAACCCUGAAGCAUCAAAACAUAUCUCUGAUGCAGCAAAUUCACAAAUCAGCCUCACAGACAGUAAAUCACCAAAUGACUCCCUGCCUGCUGAUAUUUCUCAGACUCAGGAAAACUCAAAGCUAGAUUCUGUGGAACUUUUACUCCAAGCCCAGCUUUCUGAUGAGCACAACACAACUGACUUGUUUCCUCAAAAGCUUACUGAAGUGACUAAAGCAAAGUCUAAAUGGUGGUCUAAGUAUGCAAGACCUCUUCCUGUAACCACAACUCCUGAUAUUUCUUUACAACCAGACCUCGAUGAUGUGGAUGGAAUGCUUUUUGUAUCAUUUGGUGCAAAGAAUACUUUGAGCAAUGAUGUUGAAAACGUAGAGCAAGAGGUAACAUCAUCUCCACCAUUACCAACUCUGGAUCGGUUAGAUAACCAGGAGAGUGAAGAUGCUAGUCUUUCCAGGAUUUCCAAACUGGAGAGUAUUUUACUUCAUGAUCUACAACAGAUGAAGCACAGACAAGUCAUUCACCCCCUCCUACAAGAUGUUGGUAUGAAGCUGAGCCUUCUCAAUCCAACAUUAGCCAUAGAUCUGCAGUACCUGGGUGUGCAGUUGCCUUUUCCUUCACCAGUUCACAAUGACCUAUCAUCUCCUGAUGCAGCUUGUUCUUUUGUGUCACGGACUGGAAAGACAAACGAUCCCACUAAAAUAAAAGGCUGGCGAGAAAAGUUUAGCCCCACACAGAGUACGCCCGAAGGUCUGAGAAACUCUUCAGCAUUCUGUAGUGACAUGUUGGAUGAGUAUCUUGAGAAAGAAGCCCAGCAGAUUAGCAAUCGUGUGGCUGUGUUUUCUACUGGCUCUACGUUGCCAGUAUCAUACCAGCUGCCAUCAAAAAGCAGCAGUUACAUUGUCACCUUGAAUAGUCGACUUAAAACUCAGUCUGCUUUGACAAAGGUAUAUUCCAACCCAUCCAGCAAAAUCCUGUCCAAAUCUUCACCUACAGGGUCUCCGAGAAUGUUAUCACCAGAACCCCAACAUGGUUUACAAGGAAACAAAGCGAAAGGAAUUUAUACAUUUCAAGCUCAAACACAUGCCAUUCGUUCCACUGGUUCUUCUUGUAAACCUGGAGUGAACAAGCAUCUAGGCAAGCUUCAGGAGAGCUACAAAUCCAGUGCAGGGUUUUUAAGCUGUAACAGCAGUGUGCGCUACCCCAUGACAUCUGCAAAAAUUUACUCCCAGAUUCUAAUAAAGGACAUGGAGGAAGAGGCAUUGCAUCAUGGAAAAGGCUGUACACAUAUUACCACCAAAAGAGCCAAGUUUGCCCUGCAUGCACUGCUUAAUUUCCAGAAAGUAAAAAAGAGAUCCAAGUUCCGAAUACAACAUCAAGAUGGAUGUUCUGAGGAAUUCUGUCGGUUGGGCUGUAUUUGUGACAGCUUGCGCAGAGAAAACCGAGGACCCACCCACUGCCGACGAGUCGACUGCAUGCUUGAGUGCAAGUGUUUUAAGCACAAAGUUCUGUUGAUGCCCCCUCCAAAUGUGACUACUGUUCAGCAGGGCAAGAAAAGGGCAUUCUUGGCGUUUUCCAUCGGAGACACAGAGAGUGAAAACAGACCUCCACCUGCUUCUAGUAUCACCACCUUAUGGAAACGGACUACAGAAGACAGUGACUCGGACCCAGUAUUUAUUCCAAGGCCAGCAAAUCUUCCAAAAAAAGAGCCUCGCUUGCAUUCCUCGGUUUCCCAAUCCAUUCAUCAGAUUGCAGAGGAGGAUAAAGAUCCUGUGUACCUGUAUUUCGAAAGCAUGAUGACAUGCGCUCGAGUGAGAAAGUUCAACAGUAACCCACCACCGCAGAUACACAUGGUCCCUAUGAGAAAGGCAACUAAAGGAGCUAAACAACUUAGUUCACUUUCAGAAGAAGGUGAAUCACUUACCUCUGAAAAAAUAUCAGAAGACACCCCAACAGAGUCUACAGAAAACACAGGUGAGCCUGAGCCCACCAAGCUGCUGGAAAUUCUGUCUGAGUGUAACUGGGAGCCCCAUCGGAAUUUGGUAUUGAGUGCACUGUUCCGCCAAAUGAACAGCAACCACCUCUCUGAACCUUUUUUCAUUGGCAAAUACAAGGUCCAGCUUGUCUCUACUACGUAUAAACAGGGAGACCGGAGCACCACAGUCACCUAUAAAGUGUGUGUCUCCCAUGCUGAGGAACAUGAGGUGAAUGAAGACCAGCAUUUGCGAGCAAAAAGGAAGAGGACAAAAAGUAAAACAUGCACAGAAGAAGAUUUUACCGAUUCAGCUGAUGUGGAUUCUCAGAGGAGGAGCAGUGGCUUCAUCAGCAAACAACCAAGGAAACUUUUCUCCUUGAUUAGCCAUUUUUCUCUUGCUGGUUACCUCAAGGCUGAUAAAAAGAAACCAGGAAGGCCUGCUCUUGGGCUAAUUAAGGUAAAUGGCAAAAUGUAUAAUCAGGCAAAACUGUUACUGGGCCAGAUGGGAGCGUUACACCCAGUCAAUCGCUAUGCAGCUUUUGUUACUGGCAGGCUACAGCAUACAGCUCAAGAUCAGCCUAAGAGUGUAGGUGAUGUUGCCAAAUCUUCUCCUCCUAAUGUUCCUCUUGGGGAUAGUGCUAACAUCAAAGUGGCAAGUAUUUUAAACCCAUCGACUUCAGGUUUAGCUAUAGCAAGGCCUGCUGUAUCCAGUGUCACUCAACCUACGACGGUGCCAAAAAGAGGAGGAAAAUCGAACUUUGCUUCCCUCAGUGUCCGUGCAAUACUUGCAGGGCAGAGAAGAUCUCAGCAGGAUGAUGCCUCUUCUGUCCCUGUUGAUUCAACCCUUGCUCCAAAGCCUCUUGUUCCUGAUGGCUCAAAAUUUGUACUUCUGUCAGGCCUCCAGACUAUCAAACCCACCGCUGAUCCUUCAGGAGAGGCUGCUCAGGGUGCCAUCCUGCCACCUGGACAGCAAGUGGUUCUGCAGCCUGUGCCAGGAAAGACAGAGUCAAAUUUCUUUUGUCAGUACAAUGGCCAAGUGAUCAAACUCGUGCCCAUCAGCCCAGAGCCUCUUACUAAGUCUCAUACCAGUCCAGGCACUGAAGGUAGCCUCUCACAAGAUACACAAACACCUACCGCUACAGACCCAUCUAAAGAUACCGCAUCCAUCCAAAAGCCGUUGAGUUCUACCACUGUUACAAACCCAUCAUCCAAGCUGUUCCCUGUCAUUACACCCAGAAUACUUUCUCUGUCAGGUACAAGUGGUAUGAACAUUGCCAAUGGAAUACCAGCUAUUAAGCUACAGUCCAGUUUUCCUGGAAAAACAGGAACAUUUUCCUUCCGGAUUUGUCCCCCUAAAAGUGAGGGUAAGUCUGUAGGAUCAGGGCAGGAUGCUAAACCAUCUAAUUUAGUUGCUGGAGCUCCUUCAACAUUGAUACUUCCUGGAGGUUUUACCUUGAUAAAACUUGAACCUCCACCAAGCAAUUCUGCAAAUGUUAAUACUGCAUCUAAUGCUGCUGAAAUCUCACAGAGUGACGAGACUAUGAAAAAAUCCAUCAUCCAGGAUCGCUCCUCCAGCCCUAAAGAAAAGUGUCAGAACUCAAAAAGCAGUGCCAAUUUACUUCCCUUAGAAACAUCAAACGGUAAUGUAGAACAGAUAAAUGCAGUUGACUUAAGCCAUGGCAACAAUUCCCUUUCCUCUGAAGAUGCUAAUGAAUGUGAGUCUGUGGAAGAAAUGAAAGAAUUAGUAAAUACUUUGCCUGUGGAAGCUCAGAUGCUACUUAGAAGUAAUAAUGGUGAAUUUGAACAUGAGGAUAUGGAUAAUUUGCCACUGUAUGGAUCAGAGCAGACAGAAAAAGUUGUCUCUGUUCAUAAAGAGAAAAUAUGUUUAAAUACAGAGAUAACCAACAAUAUUGAUGCCUUUGCUGGAUCUCCAACUGAAGUGGGAGCCAAUAGUUCCAAUAAUACAACAACAAAAGGCAUUGGGGAUGACCCUGGCAGUCAGGAUGAGACUUCAAAAAGCCCUGUUGUUAAUGAAAGCAGUUUAACACCUGAACAGGAGGAGUGUCAGAAAAGUUCUCAGGCUUCUGUAAUAAAACAAAACCAAGAAGGGGUCUGUAAUAUUCCUGACAAUAUGGCCAUGGUUGCUAAUAAGCCAUUAAUAAACACAGCUAACAUGGAUCUGGUAAAUAUUAGCAAAGAAAAUACAUCCUUUGAUGUGUUUGAACUUCAGGUUAAAGAAGUAUAUACUGAAACAUCACAGACGUUUCCCCACCCUAAGGUUGGAGAAGGUGUUCAAGGAAAUGGUCCUCAGAUUGUCAUUAAAAUCGAACCAUAUAAUGAAUCGGAGACAGACAUGACGGCUAAUCAGAAUGACACCAGUAACCAAAGCCUUGCCACUGAGAAUAGCUCUCCAGCAGCCAGUAAAAUCAAAACCAUUGAGAGUCGAGCACAGUAUCAAAACCUGGUCAACCACAUUGACUUUGAAAAACAAAGACUUGGCCCUGAAAGUAUUCCUAUUAAAACUGCAUCAUGCAGUGACCCACCAGAAGCAGUCUCUACUCACCCACCUGUCAAUCAAAAUGGCAUUGACCAAGUGCACCAUUUACCACUUGUCAAUAACCAAGAACCCAAUAACAAUCAGACACCAAAAGUGUCUUCCAAGCAAGGUUUACCUAAUAAGAAACAAUUGUCCUGCACCAUCUUCAACAACACUGCUUCAAAACAUGCUAAAGACAAUGAUCAAGAUAUUAAUAUUGGUGUGCCAUGGUCCGUAUUGUCGGGUCAGAGGCCUGCAGUGGCUUCCAGACUCACAGUUCACCAACCAAACACAGAUUUAAAGGCAACAGAGAGCAAACUUUUGGUUCAUGAAGAUGAGAAUUUAAGUGAGGAGGAUUCAGGCGACUACUGUACUGAAGAUUCCAGUGAUGAUGCCACUAGUGACAUUGAGGACUCAUUGGACAGUGGUGAUACAUCCAGCGAUGAAGAUGGAACUGUUGAUAUUGAGUCAAUUGAGGACAACCAAGAACAGAUGUUUAUUAGCAAGAUGAAAGCUAAAGCUCGACAAAAAAUGAAGUCAAAGAGAGCAUCUGAAUUUAGAGGAUGGAAUCAUAUAGAACACAGUUCUAUCGGAGAUGCACCAGACCUUAAGGAUGCAAGACGUCAGACUCACACCGAGAAUGAGCGUCUGCGCCGAAUUGAAAUCCAGCAGCAAUUUGUUACACUGAAAAAAGCACUGAACAUUGCCGAAAAAAUCAAGUCAAGCAAGUAUGACCUUCUUAAUCAGGCUCGACUCAUGAUUUGGGCUCUUGAGGGUCGCAGCCAAUACCUAGAAGAGAAGAAAAAAGCACUACUAAAGAGACGGUUUACCUAUCUCACCAAGAUCGCAGAAUUGUCUGCAAAUACAAAAGACACUGAAAAGACACAUUUCAAGGAAAACUGUGAGCAGAUAAAGCAGUCUGGUGUUCAAAACCAGGUCAAAAAUGUAAAGCCUCAAAUUAACCCUCGACGAGUAGACAGUGAAGGUGACAAACUCCCACCUCAACUUGGACAACGGAAAGCCCCUAACUACAUACCCAACAGAUCCAAGAACUCUUCUGUACCCAUUACAGUGGCCCCUUAUAAGAGUUCAGAGCUUCCAGGCAACCAUUCCGUGAGUGGAUCUCUGCCUUCUGUUAAAGAUGGAGCAGUAGCAGAAGAUGUAGUGCGGAUACUUAUUACACAGAAUCCUCUUGGUCUACCUUCAGUAAGCAAGCCUAAAAGUCUCUCAGCGAAGCCCAAGCCACCAGUGGCCCCUUAUAAGAGUUCAGAGCUUCCAGGCAACCAUUCCGUGAGUGGAUCUCUGCCUUCUGUUAAAGAUGGAGCAGUAGCAGAAGAUGUAGUGCGGAUACUUAUUACACAGAAUCCUCUUGGUCUACCUUCAGUAAGCAAGCCUAAAAGUCUCUCAGCGAAGCCCAAGCCACCAGCAAAAGUGUCAGCUUUGCCCAAGAUCGUGUUGCAAUCCUUUCGCAAACCCGACACUGUAAAGCCCAUAAAGGAUGCCAUGACUGUCCAACCAACUUCCACCCAAUGGUCUUUUUCUGCUCAGCCAUCAUUGGAUCAAGAGGAAAAAAAGGAAACCAGCAACACCACAGAGACUUCUAAUGGACUGGAAAGAACUUCAGUUCCAGAACACUUAAGCCAAGAGAGCCCUGGUUCAUCUUCAGUGGCCAGUGAGAGUGAUCUUUAUAAUGAUGCUCAGUCUGAGCUGGACCGGGGCAAGCCAGCCUCAGCAAGCAACAAUGUGAGAAAAAGGAGGUCUAAAGAAGCUGUCCAUAAAGAAGCUUCAUCCAAACCUGAUGGCUCUGGUUCCAGACAACUUAGACACAGGUCUCCUGUAGUUACCAGAAUGGCCACAAGGAGCACUCCUACCCUAAAGAGGAAAAGGAUUUUUUAGAUAAAGUGCACUGACCAAUGAACUUUGUAACACUCCACUUCUUUCAUGUUGCCCCCUAACCUUAAAUGCAUCUCACUGUUGUUUGUGUUGAUGUGUUUUUCAAGGUUUAUGAUGGUUUGAUUGAAGUUCGCUUUUUUGUGUGUGCAAAAACAUAGAACUGGUCGGUCUACCUCUCAUUUGAUGGCUGCACACAAUCACACUGACUGAAUGUGCUGGACCUGAGGAUUUCUUCCACAGUGUUGACAUUUGGAGGAGAAAAAAAACACAUUAAAUUAAUGUAUGAAUAUUCCAUGUUAUCAUUUGAUGAUAGUUCUAUGAAUCCCAUAUUGGGGUGAAGUUAUUAACAUUUUCUUUUGAUACGAUAAUUAUGUGCUGUUACUGCUCAUGGUUGUAUUUUAAAAAUUACAACCUCACUUGUUAAAAACGUGACAUUGCAAAUGCCUUUUUUCAAUCAUGUUUUGUAUGAUUUGGUUGAGUUUGAUUUAUCAUUACUGACAAUGUGCUAAGUUUUUUCAUGCAAAAUGUAUUGCCUUCUACAAAUAUGUAAAAUAUAUGCAAAACAGCAAAAUGUGCAUAGGUUUAUUUUUACAUGUCAAUCUAUACUUUUAUCACCUGUAUUGGGAGUGAAAAUGUGUUCUUAGAGUUUUAAGUAAAUUAAUUAAAAGUUAACCGAAAUCUCUUAUUCACAAAAAGAUUAAUACCCUUUGUUCAAUACUUUGUAGAAGCCCCACUGAUAGUAGCAAGUCUUCUUGGAUAUGCUUCUAGAAGCUUUGUACACUGUCAAUCAUGACAGAUUCAAUUGGGUUUAAGUCUGGACUUUGGUUGGCCUACUUAAGGACAGACUAGCCACAAAUCCAGUACAGUCUUGCUUUGACUGGACCGUACAUUUUGGGUCAGGACUAUGUUAAAUAAUUUGCAAAUUUUGCAAAAUGUAUUUCCAUUUACACUGUGUUGUAAACACAAGAAAAUAUACAACAUACAUUUAACAACAAAAAACCUGACAAGUUACUUUCAUUAAAAUGUAUUUUUUUGUUA